UCUCAUCACAUUGAUAAGCUCAAAGAGAGGGAGAGACAGAGACAAUGGUCACUCCCUUCACAUUAUCUCCGUCCUCCACAUUCCUCUUCCCUACCAAAACCCUCAAACGCUUUUCCGCUCUAACCCUUUCAAAAAGACAACCAAGGCCUCUCUCGGUGACCGUUACCUCGCUUCGCAAACCUGGCUCUGACAUUGACUCGCCACCUCUGCCGCCGAACGUCCAGACCUUCUGGCAAUGGCUGCGCGACGAAGGCGUUGUGUCAGCCAAGGCUCCGGCGAGGCCCGCUCUGGUCUCGGAAGGCCUGGGGCUCGUUGCCCAGAGAGACCUCGCUCGGAACGAGGUCGUUCUGGAGGUCCCCAAGAGGUUGUGGAUCAACCCAGAUGCUGUGGCGGCCUCGGAGAUUGGGAGUGUGUGUAGCGAGUUGAAGCCCUGGGUGUCUGUGGCUCUGUUUCUGAUUAGAGAGAAGCGGAAAAGCGACUCGCCGUGGCGUUUUUACUUCGAUAUUCUUCCGGAAACCACGAAUUCCACUAUAUAUUGGUCAGAAGAGGAGCUGGCUGAACUUCAAGAAUCCCUUUUAUCUUGCCAUUUGUUAUUGAAUUCGAUUGAACUGCCUUGUCCAGGAACUCAACUUUUGAGCACGACAUUGAGUGUGAAAGAAUAUGUGCAAAAUGAAUUUCUAAAAGUGGAAGAAGAAAUCAUAACCCCUCACAAGCAGUUUUUUCCAUCACCUAUAACACUGGAUGACUUCUUUUGGGCAUUUGCAAUACUCAGAUCAAGGGCAUUUUCACGCCUACGUGGUCAGAAUCUUGUUUUGAUCCCCCUUGCAGACUUGAUUAACCAUAGCCCCAGCAUAGCCACAGAAGAUCAUGCAUGGGAGAUUAAAGGAGCAGCAGGUCUCUUCUCUUGGGAUACCUUAUUUUCUCUACGGACCCCAGUUUCUGUCAAGGCUGGUGAGCAGGUUAUGAUCCAGUACGAUAUAAAUAAGAGCAACGCUGACCUGGCUCUGGACUAUGGGUUCAUAGAAUCCAAGGCAGAUCGGAAUGCUUAUACUCUAACACUAGAAAUAUCAGAGUCAGACCCAUUUUUUGGGGACAAGCUGGAUAUUGCAGAGUCAAAUGGUUUGGGUGAGACUGCGUACUUUGACAUUGUUUUCGACCGUCCACUUCCACCAGCAAUGCUUCAAUAUCUGCGUCUGGUAGCACUUGGGAGCACCGAUGCUUUCUUGUUAGAAUCUAUUUUCAGAAACGAUGUCUGGGGCUACCUUGACUUGCCUGUAAGCCGUGCCAAUGAAGAGCUCAUAUGCCGAGGGGUCCGAGAUGCAUGCAAAUCUGCGCUUUCUGGCUAUCAUACCACCAUUGAAGAGGAUGAGAAGUUGAAAGGAGCAAAUCUUGAUCCAAGGCUAGAAAUCGCAGUUGGAAUAAGAGAAGGGGAGAAGAAGGUGCUCCAGCAAAUUGAUGAGAUCUUCAAGGGAAGGGAAUCAGAAUUGGAUCAGCUGGAGUAUUACCAAGAAAGGAGGCUGAAUGAUCUUGGUCUAUGCGGGGAGCAAGGUGAGAUCAUCUUCUGGGAGCCAAAGUAGUGCCAAGUCUUUCACUCCUACCUAAGCUAUGAUUAGUACCUCAAAUGAAACGCAGUUUCUGGAGUUCUCUUAAGAGGGGAGGAAAGGAAACACCCAGCAGACAACCUUUUGUAUGCUGCAGUAAUCUCUGCAAUUGUCUUAAUUGGGUGUGCAAUUAUCCAUUCAGCUUACUCCUGCAGUACUUGUGCUUCAAGUGCAGCAAGAAGUUCCUGGUUGAGCUACAA